CCUUUCAGUCUUUCUCCACCCAUCAGGCGGCCGCUCAGCAUCUGCGGUGCGCGGAUCAGACUGGAGCCCAGUGCGGAAAACAGCAGCAGGCUGAACGCCGCUGUCAAACACCGACUCCGGUCCCGGACCACUCACUCCAUAACCUCAAUUGAUUUCUGCCUCCAGCAUUCAGCCUGUAGCAGGUUCUGACUCAGCCCUCAGCGGGGACAUGCCGGAACCCGAGGGGACUCGACGGUCACCGCAAGGUGUUCCUUACAGCGACCUGCCGCACAUCGUCAACGCCGACGGACUGCACUUGUUCUGUCGUUACUGGGAGCCCGACGGUCCUCCAAAGGCGCUGGUGUAUGUUGCCCAUGGAGCGGGAGAGCAUUGUGGGGGAUACGCUGACAUUGCUCACAGUCUGACCCAGCAUGGCAUUCUGGCGUUCGCCCACGACCACGUUGGUCAUGGUCAAAGUGAAGGUGAGAGGAUGGAGCUUAAAAACUUCCAGAUUUACAUCAGAGACUCCCUUCAGCACAUUGACAUCAUGAAGGCUCGGUAUCCCAAGCUGGCCGUCUUCAUCGUUGGACAUUCAAUGGGAGGAGCCAUUUCCAUUCUGACCGCAUGCGAGAGGCCGCAGGAUUUUACAGGUGUGGUUCUCAUCGGCCCUAUGGUUCAGAUGAGUGCUGAAUCUGCUACACCCUUCAAGGUUUUCAUGGCCAAAGUCCUAAACCGCUUGGCUCCUAAACUCACUCUCGGCCCUAUCGAUCCAAAAUUUGUCUCACGGGAUCCUAAACAGGUAGAGGCAUAUGAAAAGGAUGAGCUGAAUUAUCAUGGAGGGCUACGCGUCUCGUUUGGGAUGCAGAUGUUGGACGCGACGUCUCGCAUCGAGAGAGAGUUACCCGACAUCAAGUGGCCCUUUUACAUUCUACAUGGAGAUGCCGACAAACUGUGUGACAUCAGAGGCUCUCGAUUAUUGUAUAAUGAAGCCAAGAGCACUGAUAAAAAACUGAAGGUAUAUGAAGAAGCCUACCAUGCCCUACAUCACGACUUACCUGAAACAAUCGAGUCUGUUUUAAAGGAGGUGAGCACCUGGAUCCUGGAGAGAAUCCCUGCCCCUCAAGCCUCUUAGCUUUCAAUCAUAGCAUACACACACACAUGCCUAAGCCCCACCCCCUGUCCAAUCACAUCUCUACUUAUAGAGAGAUAUCAGCCAGCACUACAUGCAAACAAUACUAUCCUCUGUUUAAUUAACCAAGACGUCUUUACUAAGUGACCUUUGACCAUAAGGCAAAGCACUGGAGAUGAAAAGGGUAAAAAAAUUAUCACCAUACUUCCCCAGUUGACUGCCUACAUUAGGAAUUAGUUUUUUUUAUAACAAGAUUUCUGAUAUGCUAUGUUUAAAUAUGAAACGAGGCUCAUUUAAAUAUAUAUCAAGCACAAAAAUCUGUUUGACCUAAUCUAGUUUGGUCAUGUUCAAAAAAUAUCUUUUUGACACCACAGGGUCUUUUUUAUCACUCCAUAAUUCAAAAAAUACAUCGAACAGCCAGCAAAAAUAAUUAUAAUAACAAUAUUUUUUAAGAAUAAAAGGUUGUAUGUAUUGUUGUAUGAUAAAUAUAGACGUAUCCCUCUGUAAAAACGUUCAAAAUAUAGAUACAACUGACAAAUUGAUGUAAAAAUGUGAUGAAUGCAAGAUCUGAAAGCUGCUACAAUGAAGAUUUAGCGCAGGAGAAAAAAAUCCUUAUAAAAAAACAGCCUUUAAAAAGAUAGAAAUAUUGAGAAGUAUUGUUAAACUGUGACAAAAGAAACACAUGAAGGUGUUUUUUGAAUGUUUUCCAUACAUUACACUGAAAAUAUACGAAGCCAGAUCAGCUUAAAAAAUAAUACAUUUACAGUUCACAUUUAAAAAAUCCAAUUUGUAAGUUCAAAACACAAUUCAGAAAUGUGCAAAUCCAAUUUGUAAACGCAAAACACAAUUCUUAAAUACGCAAAUCCAAUUAGUAAAAUCAAAACACAAUUCGUAAAUUCAAAACAGAACUCAUAAAUGCUCAAAUUCAAUUCGAAAAUUCAAAACACGAUUCAUAAAUGCGCAAAUCCAAUUCGUAAAAUCAAAACACAACUCAUUAAUGCGCAAAUUUAGUAUGUAAACUCAAAACACAAUUCGUAAAUUCAAAAUACAAUUCAUAAAUGCGCAAAUCCAAUUCGUAAAAUCAAAACACAACUCAUUAAUGCGCAAAUUUAGUAUGUAAACUCAAAACACAAUUCGAAAAUUCAAAAUAGAACUCAUAAAUGCGCAAAUUCGAUUCGUAAAAUCAAAACACAACUCAUAAAUGAGCAAAAUCAAUUCGAAAAUUCAAAACACGAUUCAUAAAUGCGCAAAUCCAAUUCGUAAAAUCAAAAUACAACUCAUUAAUGCGCAAAUUUAGUAUGUAAACUCAAAACACAAUUCGUAAAUUUAAAACACAACUCAUAAAUGCGCAAAUUCAAUUCGUAAAAUCAAAACACAACUCAUAAAUGAGCAAAUUCAAUUCGAAAAUUCAAAACACGAUUCAUAAAUGCGCAAAUCCAAUUCGUGAAAUCAAAACACAACUCAUAAAUGCUCAAAUUCAGUUUGUAAACUCAAAAACAAAAUUCGUAAAUUCAAAACACAACUCAUAAAUGCGCUAAUUCAAUUCAUAAAUUCAAAACACGAUUCAUAAACACGCAAAUCCAGUUCCUAAAUUCAAAACACAAUUGUUAAUGCGCAAAUUCAAUUUGUAAAUACAAAACACAAUUCAGAAUUGUACACAUCCAAUUCAUUUGGGGGAAAUAUUUAUGAUUUUUUUACUUGUGAAUUCACAAAUUGUGUUUUGAAUUCACAAAUUGGAUUUUCUAAAUGUGAGUUAGCUGUGCAUGUAUGAGCUUUAUUUUUGCAAAUGUUUUAUUUCUGAGACUGAUCUGGCUCCAUAAAGAAUGAAAAGCCAAAACCUCAAAACUGACAGGUGUAUUAAAAAAGCAGCAUUUUUUUCCUGCAGUGUCUCGCUUUAAGGUCCAAUUAAGCUUUAAUAUGGCCAGUAAGGGUUCUGUGGGAGUUCUUAUUCCCUGUCAAACUUCAAAAGGCAUCAGCUCUGCAGGACAUGGCAUACACGAAAAUGAAUGCCGCUUGCCCUCAGUGUUGAGCUUUCUUUUCGUGUUGCCACAGUAAUAAAAGACUCUCGUUGAUGUCCACUGCUCAUUAGAGAUGCGGUGCUGCCCCCGCUGGACAACAUCUAUACUGCAUUCAGCUGUGAGCGCAGUUACCAAGCAACUCAACCAUAUAUAUUACAUAUAGCUUGGCAGGAAAACAAACCGAAGGAGAAUAUGAAAAUGCCUUGAGACAUUCAGAAAGCAAAAUGUCCGCUGGGUGAGUCUAACAUUGCAUUCAUAGAGAUCAAUUGGAUCAUCUCUACACUACAGACACAUCUAACUAUGCAGGAGAUCCCCCAUUUAUAUGCCCACUAUAAGGAAAAUUGGAGAGAAAUCUCUUUUUGUGGUUUGACUGUUUCAGACACAUAAGACUGUUUCAUUCCUUUGAGUAAACGAAAAGUAAAUGUCUCUGCGUUUGCUGAAUAUAAACACCGAUUUACAGCUGAUUCUUCCUUACAAGCUCUGGAAUUGUAAUAUCUCAUUGCAUUAUUUUUUACUACUGUUUUGUUAUUUUUUGACUACUCUAUUAAUGAAUAUGUUACUGUUGAAAUGAUAGUGUGUUCACUAUAGCUUUUGGCCUCAUCGCAGACCUUUCGGGUGCUAAUGGGGUUUGUAGCUCUAAAACAACAUGGAAUUGUAAAAAGGUCAGUCGCUCACACCAGCUUAACAUUUACAGUACCACGACUGAUGAAGGGUGAAUUUUGUUACAAAAGGUUUGCAUGCAAGACUCAAAAGCAUUUUAUCAAUGAAUGUGGAGCAUUUUGUUGAAUGUGGCACAUUUUUAAUGGAAGCAAAACGUUUCUUUAGCUUACUUUUAUAGAUUGUCGUUGAAUUCUCUGGUAAUAACAAUACUGAAAUACAGAACUGAAAUGUCCAGAUUGUAAAUAGCGUGCAUUUUUGUGUAUGCGUUUAGGAGAGAGACUAUAUAUGUAUAGAAAGAGAAGCUAUAUAUAGUUUGGGUGUUUGUUUUACAUGUACUGCAUUUUAUUAUAGGUAUAUUGUCUCUCGGUCAUUUGAAAGGAUCACACGUACAUUUGUAGAAUAACCUAAUCUGUCUCAGUGAUAAUCCUCUUCGACUUUGACUGUUUCUGUAACUGUUCUUAAAUCUUCCUUUGGAGGAAGUGCUAGGAACACUGUGAUUGGAGGAGCAGCUCAGAUUCUCAAGGACGUUAUUUUUUACAUUGGGCAAUACCGCAUGAUUCAUUUGGAUUUGAACUUGCUUGCCUUUACUAUAUGACAUCUAAAAUGCUCUCCUACUGUCGCACUGUCCUAGUAAAUGGCACAUUUAAUAUAAAAAGGGUUGUGAGUUCUUUACAUAAAUGCUGUAAUAUAUUAAACAGAAAUGAAAGCUAUAAUGUGAUUAAGUAAUACUCUGUAUGGAACUGGUAAUUAUAUAAAAUAAUAAAUUUUAAAUGAUGGA